AUGGAGAAAAAUGUUUCCAAUUUAGUGAAGGCAGAAUUUAGAGUGUUUCGUUUACAGAAUCCAAAGGCACGGGUAUCAGAGCAACGAAUAGAACUAUAUCAGAUCCUUAAAUCCAAAGACUUAACAUCACCAAUGCAGCGCUACAUAGACAGUAAAGUAGUGAAGACGAGAGCAGAGGGCGAGUGGUUGUCAUUUGACGUAACAGAGGCUAUCAAGGAAUGGCUUCGCCACAGAGAUAGGAAUCUUGGAUUUAAAAUAAGUUUACAUUGUCCUUGUUGCACCUUUGUACCUUCAAAUAACUACAUCAUCCCAAACAAAAGUGAAGAGCUGGAAACCAGAUUUGCAGGUAUUGAUGACCCUUUCUCAUACCCCAUUGUCGAUCACAAGAAUUCGAAGCCCGGUCAAAAAAAGCAUAGCAGCCACACCCCUCAUCUAUUACUAAUGCUGCUACCGUCGUACAGGCAAGAGUCGCAGCAGCCGAACCGGCGGAAGAAACGGGCAUUAGAUGCUGCUUAUUGUUUUAGAAAUGUUCAAGACAAUUGCUGUCUACGUCCAUUGUAUAUUGAUUUUAAGAGGGAUCUUGGCUGGAGAUGGAUUCACGAACCCAAAGGUUACAACGCUAACUUCUGUGCUGGAGCCUGCCCCUAUCUGUGGAGUUCUGACACCCAGCACACAAGGGUUCUCGGUCUGUACAACACCAUCAACCCAGAAGCCUCUGCUUCUCCAUGCUGCGUAUCUCAAGACUUAGAAUCUUUAACCAUAUUGUAUUUUGUUGGGAAAACACCGAAAAUUGAACAACUCUCAAAUAUGAUUGUAAAAUCCUGUAAAUGUAGCUAG